AUGAUAAAGAAAGAACGAAAGAGAACUGCAGAGCCUAUCAAGGAAACGAUAACUGUUGAACCAGUAGUUACAUCUACAAGUGCACCAACUUUUGAAGUUGAAGUUGAGAAUGUUAUUCCUAUUCGAACACCAACGACAUCACAACCAACACCAACUACUCCUGUACAACCAAUCUCUCCUCAACCUCAACCUCAAUCGAAUCCAAGAUCGAGAUCUACACCUCGACAACAACCUGGUUCUUCUUACAACUUAUUCGAUGAUGAUCUUCCUUUUCCUAAUAUUGACACGAUGAAUUUGGAUUUUCUAAAUGAUCCAAAUGAUAAAAAGACAAAGGAACUAGAAAGCAAAGUAAAUAAGCUAGAGAGUGAAGCAGUUCAAAUGGAAGAUGUGAUAGCAAGUCUUGUAUCAGAGAAUGAAAGGUUGAGAAAGAGAUCAAGCGAUUUAGAAGCUGAUAAGAAAAUGAAAGAUAAAAAGAUUGAUAUUUUGUACAAAGUGCUGGAAAAGAAAUUGGGAAUUGAUUUUGAAGCAGAAUUCAAUCGAAUAGAAAUUGAAGAAGCUGAAGUUAGAUCUGACAAAAGGGCACGAAAAGCUGCUGCUGAAUCAGAGGUUGCUAAUGCUGAUAAAGGGAAGGAAAAAGUUUACGAUGUACCAUAUGAGACAGAGAAAGAAAAAGAAGAUGAUGAUAAAGAAGACGAUGAUAAAGAAGACGAUGAUAAAGAAGACGAUGUAGAUGUGGAUAUUGAAGGUUCUGAUCAUGAUGGUGAUGAUAAAGGUGAUGACAAUGAUGAUGAUAAUCUGGGUGGUAUUGGUUUAUUGGUGUAUGAGGGGAGACUAACUAAAGAUAAUGUUCAGUAUGAGUAUAUGAACGACGAUGAAAAUGAAGAGGAUGCUGACAGAGAGGGGGAUAUGGAUGGGCAUGAUGAAAACUCAUUCGAGUUUGAUUUCGAGGAAGAAUUGAACAGUAUUAACAUUGCAAAGCCUGAUGAUUACGUAUUCAACUACAUUCCAGAGGCUGAUAAUUAUGAUAAUGUUGUCGUGGAAUAUGAUUCAGACGACGAGAUCACAAAAUAUUCUGGUGAAGGAACUGAUGAUUUCCCAACUUUCCAAGAAAUGUUUGAUGAAGAAACUCAGAAUUUGUUGAAAAGAAAAAUAGAAGAAACGACCAAAGAUGGUGUGUCUCCGAGGCUAAGCAAAGAUGAGAUUAGAGAAGCUCGGAAGACUUGGUUUAAACUGAUGGCAAAAGAAAGAAAGUUCAGAAGACCAUUGGCGUUUUUCACAAGAAAUCCAGACGUAUCACUUGGAGAUAUUAAUAGCUGGGGCUAG